GGCGGUGCCGUCGUAAAACUCCGGCAUAGAGAAGAUCUGAGCUGAAAAUGGAGGACGGAGAAGAAAUCUACGACGGUAUCAGAGCCCAAUUCCCUGUCACUUUUGGCAAACAAUCAAAGGCCCAAACACCUCUCGAGCUCAUCCACAAGGCCACUCGUCGCGGCGCCACCGACGGAAAACCCUCUUCUUCUCCCUCUGCCAAGACCAACGACCUUCCUUCUGUCUCAUCCUCCUCCAAGUCCUGGCUCCAUUCUCUUCGCAAACCCAAAACUCAGAACCCUAACCCUAAUUUUGGCACUGAAGAUGACGACUCUCCUACUGUUGGGCCUCCUCGGCCUGCGGUGGUCGAUUCGAGUGCGGAUGACGAAGGCGGCGAUGUCAUGGUUGGACCACCUCCGCCGCCACCGGCGUCCGUUUCUGGCGAUGAUGAGGAUGAUGAAGUGAUUGUUGGACCGCCUCGGCCACCGGCAGUGUUGGCUCAGAGCGAUGAGGAUGAUGAUAUGAUUGGACCUCCGAAACCGCCUCCACGGUUUAAUGACAGCGAUUCGGAUGGGGAUGGGGAUGAGGAUGAAGAUAACGAGGAGGAGAAUCGAUUUCGGAUUCCAUUGAGCAAUGAGAUUGUUCUCAAGGGCCACACGAAGGUUGUUUCUACCCUUGCCAUUGAUCAUUCGGGUUCUAGAGUACUCUCUGGUAGUUAUGACUAUUCUGUUCGAAUGUAUGACUUCCAAGGGAUGAAUUCUCGUUUACAGUCCUUCAGACAGUUAGAACCAUCUGAAGGUCAUCAAGUUCGGAACUUGAGCUGGAGCCCAACAUCUGAUCGAUUUUUGUGUGUGACUGGCUCAGCUCAGGCUAAGAUUUAUGAUCGGGAUGGGCUUACGCUAGGAGAGUUCGUGAAGGGUGACAUGUAUAUCCGUGAUUUGAAGAACACUAAGGGCCACAUAACUGGAUUGACUUGGGGAGAGUGGCACCCUAAAACUAAGGAAACAAUAUUAACUUCUUCAGAAGAUGGAUCGUUGCGCAUAUGGGAUGUUAACAAUUUUAAUAGCCAGAAACAAGUAAUCAAACCAAAACUUGUGAGGCCUGCUAGAGUACCAGUUACCACUUGCACUUGGGAUCGUGAUGGAAAAUGCAUUGCAGGUGGUAUAGGCGAUGGUUCUAUACAGAUUUGGAACCUUAAGCCUGGUUGGGGAAGUAGGCCAGAUAUAUAUGUGGAAAAGGGUCACACAGAUGAUAUUACUUCACUUAAGUUCUCUAGUGAUGGGCGUACUUUAUUAUCAAGGAGUUGUGAUGAUUCUUUGAAGGUUUGGGAUCUGCGCCAGAUGAAAGCGCCUCUUAAAGUGUUUGAAGAUCUUCCCAACCACUAUGCUCAAACAAAUGUUGCAUUUAGUCCUGAUGAGCAACUUUUCUUGACUGGAACAUCCAUUGAAAGGGAGAGCACAACUGGAGGUUUGCUGUGCUUUUAUGAUCGAGCUAGACUUGAGCUUGUUUCAAAAGUUGGGAUUUCGCCAACUUGCAGUGUUGUUCAGUGCAGCUGGCAUCCAAAGCUGAAUCAGAUCUUUGCCACGUCUGGAGACAAAAGUCAAGGAGGAACUCACAUAUUAUAUGAUCCUACAAUUAGUGAAAGGGGAGCUCUUGUUUGUGUUGCACGUGCACCAAGGAAGAAAUCUGUCGAUGAUUUCGAGGCUAAACCAGUCAUACACAAUCCUCAUGCUCUACCCUUGUUUAGAGAUCAGCCAAGCCGUAAACGUCAGCGAGAGAAGACAUUGAAGGACCCUAUGAAGUCACACAAGCCUGACCUCCCCAUGACAGGGCCAGGAUUUGGUGGGAGAAUUGGUACAAGUCAAGGAAGCUUAUUAACUCAGUACCUCCUAAAGCAAGGGGGUAUGAUCAAGGAGACAUGGAUGGAUGAAGAUCCAAGAGAAGCUAUACUGAAGUUUGCAGAUGUUGCAGCUAAAGAGCCCAAGUUCAUCGCUCCAGCAUAUGCAGAUACUCAGCCUGAACCACUUUUUGCUAAGUCCGAUUCAGAGGAUGAAGAAAAAUAACCCAACUAAUCUGCUUCUAGUUUUCUAUAGCUGGAAUGACCCCUUGCCGGAGAGAAAGGGGAGAAAUUCAGAAGGCUAGUUAGAACUAGGCUAAGGUUGACGCCACACUCCCCUCUAAAAAGAAGAAACCUCUCUUGCCUAAAUGUACUUUGGCAAAUUCAAAUCAAAGCUUCAAGUGAGGGAUGUAAUGUAGGUACAGUUUACCCAAGCUUGUAAAACUAAAACCUAUUGGAGGUAAUACUGCCACUAGCCAAAAUUUUGAUAGAGACCAUGUAAACAUACAUGUUCAUCAUAAUGUACUGCAUAAUUUGGCCCA